AUGGACCAAUCAGUUCAGCGUCUGCUGAACGACAAGCUCUACGACAAGAGAAAACAGGGUGCCUUAGAGUACGUUGCAGCUUCUGUAGACAAGUGUCCCGAAAGCUGCAGUGCUGACCACAAUAAUGUUCUUAGGCUUGAAAAGAUCGUCCGCGAUGCCAUAUUCAGAGGAGAGCACGAUAAAAUCCAGAAGAUCGUCGAUCAGCUCUGCCACGACUAUGCCUACGCUGUUCACCAACCACACGCGCGAAAUGGAGGUCUGAUCGGUCUGGCCGCCGCCUCGAUAGCAUUGGGAUCUGAGGGGGUCGCUCCUUACCUCCAAGAGAUCGUUCCUCCUGUUCUCGCUUGCUUCUCUGAUCAGGAUGCGCGUGUUAGGUAUUAUGCAUGCGAGAGCAUGUACAACAUUGCGAAGGUGGCUAAGGGAGAGAUACUGGUUUUCUUCAAUGAUAUAUUUGAUGCAUUAUGCAAGCUAGCAUCCGACUCGGAGCUCUCCGUAAAGAACGGAGCUGAGCUACUUGACCGACUUGUGAAAGACAUUGUCGCUGAAUCGGCAGCUUCCUAUGUCUCCGUCUUACAGUAUCCGGAGAAGAACGUGCAAGACCUAGAUGCUACUCGAGAAGCAGAAGAAAUCUCAAAUGAUCUGCCAACAGCAUUCUCACUGGCCAAGUUCAUACCGCUGUUGCAGGAGCGAAUACAUGUCCUGAAUCCUUUUACCCGAACAUUCCUCGUAUCAUGGUUGACUUUGUUAGACACAAUUCCGGACCUGGAGCUCGUGUGUUACUUACCAGCUUUUCUCGGCGGAUUGAUAAAGUUCCUAGGAGAUCCAAACAAGGAUGUUCAUGUUGCUACCCAAAGUCUUUUAGAGAGAUUCCUAUCGGAGAUCAAGAGAAUUGCUCGCAUUAAAAAGGGAAUCGAGGAGAGCAAGAAGAGCAGAGACAGCAAUGUUAAACCUUCUACCGCAAGUGAGAGUGAAAGCAUAGUCACCGACAACAGCGGAGAGGUUAGAGGGAGCGAGAACGCCGUUGCGGAUUCGGAGUCUAGCGAUUUUAAUGAGGAUCAAAGCGUGACGGUUGAUGGUGACUGGGUUCCAGGACAGGAUGCCCAUGUCGAUUAUCCGAAGAUCUUGGAGAUCCUUGUGGGGUUUGUUGAUACCGCAUAUGAGGAGGAGAUGCAGUUAACUGCGCUGCGGUGGAUUGAUAGCUUCUUCGAGAUCAGUCCCGAAGAUAUACUUCAAUUUGUUCCGACACUUCUCAGCCAGGUUCUCCCCGCUAUAUCCAGUGGAUCUGAUCAAGUACGACAGGCAGCGACUAGGGUUAACACCUCUCUCAUGGAGUACAUCGUAUCUCUUUCUGAAGACACGCCUACUGGGGGCCAGCAAGCAACAUCAUCCAAAACAGCUGCAAAGGAGGACGACGAAAGAAGAGCGUCCAUCCAAAGCGGGAAACCAUCCCUUGAUGGAACAAGCAGUGUUGCGGCACCAGAAACUCCGCCAUCCGAUCUUGACUAUGCAGCCGCGGUCAACUCCUUGACCUUGCAAUUCCUCAAUGAGAAUGAAGAUACAAGAGUUGCUGCUCUUUCAUGGUUGAUCAUGCUCCAUCGUAAAGCGCCCCGCAAGGUUCUGGCAUUCAACGAUGGCACGUUUCCUGCUCUCCUCAAAACUCUGUCUGAUCCUUCCGAGGCUGUUGUCACCAAGGAUCUUCAACUCCUUUCACAGAUAUCUAGAAACAGCGAAGAUGGAUACUUUACAUCCUUCAUGGUCAACCUCCUCCAGCUGUUCUCCACGGACAGGAAAUUGCUUGAAGUUCGUGGCAACCUGAUUAUCCGGCAACUCUGCAUGAAUUUGAGUCCGGAACGCAUCUACCGAACCUUAGCAGACUGCCUAGAGAAGGAAGAGGUGAGAUUUCCUUCGAACAUUCCGGGGCACGUAAUACUAAUCAGACCUUUUCAGGAUAUCGAGUUCGCCAGUGUGAUGGUCCAGAAUCUAAACAACAACCUGAUCACUGCCCCUGAACUUGCAGAUCUCAGGAAGAGAUUAAGGAAUCUGGAGUCUAGGGAAGGGCAAAUGUUUUUUGUGGCUCUAUUUCGAUCAUGGUGCCACAAUGCAGUUUCGACAUUUUCUUUGUGUUUGCUUGCCCAGGCUUACGAGCAGGCGUACAAUCUCUUGCAGAUCUUUGCGGAACUCGAGAUGACGGUUAACAUGUUGAUCCAAAUCGACAAACUUGUACAGCUGCUGGAAUCUCCAGUCUUCACCUACCUUCGUCUACAGCUUCUGGAACCCGAAAAGUACCCGUAUCUUUACAAAUGCUUAUAUGGUGUCCUCAUGCUUCUUCCACAGAGCUCGGCCUUUGCGGCGCUGAAGAACCGCCUCAACAGUGUGAGCAACAUUGGCUUGCUCCACGGACCUCGCCCGCCUGCCUCCACUACCACUUAUGAACGCCCAGCAGGAAGCAGGUUAAAAGCACGAGAAGAGAGCUCCAUCCGCUGGGGAGAACUACUCGAAAAAUUCAAGAACGUCCAGGAACGAGCCCGGAGGGCGCAGCGGGGCUCACAGCGACCCUUCGACCAGGAGUCCAACGGGAUCGGCGGUCUGAAGCAGCCAUCAUCACUCGGUGGUGCUCCGACAGCUGACCAUCCACAUGGCACUGUCAGAGGAGAAAAGGCCCUUCCCGACACUCCUCGCGGAGGAGUCGGUGCCGGAGGUCUUGGAAUCUCUGGUGCUGGAUCAGGAUCGGGAUCGACAGGAGGUCGUGGCGGAGACAACCAUAGUCCGCGAGACGGCCGAUCAACCCCUACAUCGGCGAGUAAAACCAAGUCCGGUUUAGGGAAUCUCGGACGACUCGGAAUUGGGAGUAGAAGGAAGCAUUGA